UUUCCAAAUUGGUUAAUUAAAAAUGAUACAAUGCUGGAAUCUCUCAAUCUAAAGAACGACUCACUUAGCCAUAUUAUUUUGUAUGUCAUGAUAGGAGAAGUAUCAAGUGGAUUGUUUACAAAUCUCUCUUACAUAAGAGUACUGAAACUAUCGAAGAACAGAUUGCAUGGCCAGGUACUUUCAAGAAACUUAAGCUUAGGUAACCAUGAGAGGCUUGGCUUAGAUAACAAUUAUUUCACAAGGAAAAUUGGAAAUUGGACCAUUCAGAAUAAUUAUACGCAGAGUUUGGAUAUUAUCAAUAAUCUUUUUUCAUAG